UGCCAUUCCUCUGAAAGCCUACCCUGGCCUGCCUGGCCUGCCUGGCAAGCGCUGAAUCGCAUCAACCAUCAAAGCACAAGUACUCCGGGCCAAGGUACCACGUUGACAUGGAUCAGCAAGACUCAUCGGCUCGCGUCCGCUCAUUCGCUGAUUCGCCUCGUUCCAAUCUCUCACGGCAGCGACAUGGAGCUCCCUCGAUCAUUACGACUGGUAACGUUCACCUGUAGCGCCUUGUCUCUCCUUUCCUGUGCGCCUUCCUGUCGUAGACUCCAUCGCCGCCGUCGGCCUCGUCAUUUUGUUCCGCUGGGCCACUUUGGCCGACACUACGGAUACAGGAUAGGCAUCCACUGCACGCACUCGCACUCGCACUUACCUCACCGGCAGGAAACCCACUUGGACGCAACGGCAUCCCUCAUCUGCGCUUUCCCACUUCGCUGGGCGGCCUGGACUGGUCUAUUUGGUCACGCUGUUGUUCAUUUCCAGGCAUGCCACCCAAACCCACCCACCAUUAACAGUGCCCGCCCUCAAGUCAGUCUCACUCUCACUCAGCCAUCGGGCAAUCACACUUUGAAGCGCUACAUUGGUCGCUGGACUCACUGGUAG